AUAGAACAAAAGGAAAAAGCUGCCAAUUUAGCAGGAAAAGAGGCCAUCAAAAUCACGGAAAUCGCUUCGUCCUUUUCCUUUGGUGUACUGUUACUGUUGCAAAUGGAUUUCAUAAAGGCAACACGGUUAUUGUUACAUCUUUUGUGUUAGUUCACCCGUUCCAUGCUGACAAAGGUCACUGGGAAAUAUUGAUUAUUGAAUAGAGAAAAUUAUGAUGGCCUAUGUUCGUUUUUUCUAUUCUAGUGUGUAAGUUGGGCUUCUUGUUCCACAAUGAAAUGCCAUCGGACGUUUUUCUUUUUUGAUAAAGUUUGGAAAUAUGGGCAAGUUGUCGAACGUUUUUGUGGUGACGGAAGGUUGACACUUUAUUUUUUUGUCACUUUCUGAGCGCAGUCUAAUGUAACGGAUUUUGGACUAUAUUUCUGUUAAAUUAAUUUGGCAUUAGAGAAAUCCAAAUGUAUACGCAUGUACAGUGACGAUCUCGAUGUGACGACAUUGUGUUUUCUAGGCCUACUGCUCAUUAAAAUUAAUAUUUACUGGCUAGUGCGUAACAAACUUUCUUGGACCAGCGCGCGCACUAGUGCCCCCUCACCUGGGGGCAACCCCACCAUGGCGCCCUCAUCCCUCUGUAUCGCGGUGUGGUUGUGUGAGUGAAUCAACAACAAAGACUGGGGAUCAAAGAUGAGGAUGAUGCUCUGGAGAUAACGGUUCAAACUGACGCUGCAGUAUCUCUCCUGAGCACCCAGUUAGAAGUUGAACCAGGACCCCGCUAGAGGGAACGGCUCUCAUCUUCCAGACAGAGGUUAAUCAUCAGGGCAACAGCACAGGAUGUUGAUGGGUGGCACUGCAGAGUGAGGAGUCUGAAGAUCUGAAGAUCUCUGAAGGUGGUUGGCUUAGACAGUGCUCACACACACAUCGCCAAAAUGAAUGAGCGUCAGGCUCUCCACUCCAUAAUGAAGGACCUAGUGGCCCUCCAGAUGACGAGGCGCCAGCCUGGGCCCCCUUAUGACAUGGGGAAACCCAAGACUCUGCCCAACCCUGCCCCUGCUAAGAGACAGGACGAUGUCAGAAUAAAGUUUGAGUUCAGUGGAGAGAGGAGGAUACUGAUGUUUGGAAGACCUGUGCAGUUUGAAGAAAUCCAGCAGAAGGUCAAGACUGUCUUUGGCCAACAGCUAGACUUGCACUAUAUGAACAAUGAGCUGUCCAUCCCUCUGCGUGGUCAGGACGACCUGGACAAGGCCAUUGACCUGCUGGACCGCAGCUCCAAGAUUAAGAGCAUCAAGAUCUUGCUGCUGACGCAGGAGCAGUGCAAUGCGUCCCCCUCUCCCUCUCCCUCUUCCCACCACACUGUGAGUAAGCAGGUGAGGAUCAAAGCCUCCCAGUCCACGGGUGAUGUCAGCACGGUGUACCAGCCCUCCGAGCCCAGGGGGCGCCACCUCUCCACCAGCUCUCAGAACACAGGCCGUAGCUCCCCCCCUCCUGGCUAUGUCCCUGAGCGGCAGCAGAGGAUCGCCCGCCAGGGCUCCUACACCAGCAUCAACAGUGAGGGAGAGUUCAUCCCAGAGAGUGACCAGUGUGUGCUGGACCCCUGGAGCAGUGCAGAGAACUCUGUCUCAGGAAGCUGCCAGUCGCUGGACAGUAGCUCAGACAGCCCCUCCCUGAGGAAGUCACGCAUGCACCGAGCCAAGAGCUACCCUGAUAACCGGCAGCAGGAGAACGUCUCUGACCGGGAGAACCAUGUGUAUGAUAAGGUGGUGGGGAAAGGAGGGACAUACCCCCGCAGGUACCAUGUCUCCCUGCAUCACAAGGACCAUAGUGAAGGUCGGAGAACGUUCCCUCGGAUCCGUCGCCCCCAGGGUAACCUGUUCACCCUGGUGCCCUCACGGCGCUCCCUCAACGGCAGCGAGGAGAGUCUGGGCAGCUGGCAGCUAGUGGACAAGCAGGGCAGGCUCCGCCCACAGGAGCGCCCUGUCGCCCACAAGUCCCCCAGUGCUCCAAUGACGUGGAGGCGGGGCAAGCUGCUGGGCCAGGGGGCGUUUGGGAGGGUUUACCUGUGUUACGAUGUGGACACGGGACGGGAGCUGGCCGCCAAGCAGGUGGUGUUUGACCCGGACAGUCCUGACACCAGCAAGGAGGUGAGUGCUCUGGAGUGUGAGAUCCAGUUGUUAAAGAACCUCCACCACGAACGCAUCGUCCAGUACUACGGCUCUCUGAGGGACCACAACGAAAAGACCCUCACCAUCUUCAUGGAGUACAUGCCGGGGGGUUCAGUCAAAGACCAGUUGAAGGCCUACGGGGCGCUGACGGAAAACGUGACGCGGAAGUACACACGGCAGAUCCUGGAGGGCAUGUCCUAUCUGCACAGCAACAUGAUCGUUCACCGUGACAUCAAAGGUGCCAACAUCCUGCGGGAUUCUGCGGGAAACGUGAAGCUGGGAGAUUUCGGCGCCAGCAAGAGGCUGCAGACCAUCUGCAUGUCUGGCACGGGCAUCCGCUCGGUCACUGGCACCCCCUACUGGAUGAGCCCCGAGGUGAUCAGCGGAGAGGGCUACGGCAGGAAGGCUGACGUCUGGAGCCUGGGCUGCACAGUGGUGGAGAUGCUGACAGAGAAGCCUCCCUGGGCUGAAUACGAGGCCAUGGCAGCCAUCUUUAAGAUCGCCACCCAGCCCACCAAACCCCUGCUGCCCUCACACACCUCGGACCACACCCGUGACUUCAUCCACCGCAUCUUUGUGGAGGCCAAGCACCGGCCCAGUGCUGAGGAGCUGCUCAGACACCCCUUCUCCCAGAUCCUCUGCUGAGGGGAAGUACGAGUACACUCUCUCUGUCUCAACCGCUCCUCGGGACUCAAGGUCUACAGCUGACAUC